AUGGCGCCGUCCCCUCCCACCCCGACGGCACCCAAAACAAUCGCCGACUUCUUCGCGCGCCCCGCCAAGCGCCUCCGCGCGGGCACCGCCGCCCCUGCCGCAUCCCUCUCCUCCAAUUCCUCCCCUUCCUCGCUCUCGCCGGAGCAGCGCCGCCGCGCCGACACCAACCUGGCGCUCGCCCGCGCGCGAUGCAACCUCCGCCUCGCCGAGUCCAAAGCGCAAGCGUCGGGUGGCGCACCGAAGCUGGAGGAGCUCCUCGUGGAGGAGACGUGGGCGGAGGCGCUCCACGGGGAGCUGCGCAAGCCAUACGCGCUCGAGCUCUGCCGCUUCGUCGCCCACGAGCGGCUCCACGGCCCACUGCCCGUGUACCCGCCGCCGCACCUCGUGUUCCACGCGCUCAACGCCACCCCGUUCGACCGUGUCAAGGCAGUCAUCAUCGGUCAGGAUCCAUACCAUGGCCCUGGUCAGGCCAUGGGGUUGUCUUUCUCAGUACCGGAGGGGAUAAAAAUACCUUCUAGCUUAGGUAACAUUUUUAAAGAGCUCGAAAAAGACCUAGGCUGCACUGUGCCAUCACAUGGAAAUUUGGAAAGAUGGGCCGUGCAGGGUGUUCUUAUGCUCAAUACCGUCCUAACUGUGAGGGAGCAUCAAGCCAACUCACAUGCCAAGAAAGGAUGGGAGCAGUUUACAGAUGCAGUCAUUAAGACUGUAUCACAAAAGAAAUCAGGAUUAGUGUUCCUUCUUUGGGGGAAUUCUGCUCAAUCUAAGACAAGAUUGAUUGAUGAAACAAAACAUCACAUUUUGAAAUCUGCUCAUCCAUCAGGCCUGUCUGCAAACAGGGGUUUCUUUGGAUGCAGGCACUUUUCUAAAACAAACCAGAUCUUAGAGAAGCUGGGGCUAUCUGCCAUCGAUUGGCAGCUCUAG